GUUCAGUUUAUUUUCGGUGUGUCGUGUAUUAUACGUGGUCAAUUACGUAAAUUCAGAUAUUUUCAAGCGAAAGAACAAAAGUUUCUUGAAAAUUCAAACGAAAAGUUUCAAAUUUAAUUCAAUAAAGUCGAAUUUUAUUUAAAAAAAGUAAAAAGAAAAAGAAAAUCGUUCUUCCAACAAUGCACGAUUUAGCUCGAUGGCCGAAUAACAGUUUAGGAUUUUCGUUUCGUAUUUAUUACGAAGAAUGGUGUUAGUUCCGGUUUAAUUUUUGUGCGAAAUUUACUCAAAUGAAAACUAUAAAACUCAAACUGUGACAAUUCAUCACACUCAUAAAUUGGAAUAAAAAAAAUGUUUUAUUGUGAAAACAGUUAAAAUGAGAAUUAUGUGAGAAUCAAAUGAAGCAUUGAUUUGUGAGCCCAAGUAAAAAGUCGCUCACUAUCGGCAGCAGAAAAAAAGCAUCAAGUACUCAGAAGUCAAUUGAGUCAUAUUUGACAGAAAGCAUUCUUAAUUUUCAAUCACGCAUUUGGAUUAAAUAAAACAAAUGGAGCGACAGCGAUCAUUCAAAAGACGGCAUAACAUGCCCAAACCGCCGUUAGCCGAACGUGCUAAAGAGCAUUGUCGUCAGUUUACGGCUUUUCUGUUCAGUAAUGUUGGUAUAAUUAUUCUCGUCGUUUUGUAUAUGACCAGCGGUGCAUCAAUGUUUAAGGCAAUUGAAGGUGAUGUCGAUCUCCAACGUAUCAUUACUCUAAAUAACAGUAUGACCAAAACUCGUGGAGACGUAACAAAUCAGCUCUGGGACAUAACACUUAAGUUGAACAACUUUAAUCAAUCGUCGUUUAUAAACGAAGUAGACAUUCGAAUACAAGAAUAUCAGCAGAAAAUUGUUCUGGCAUUUCAUGACGGAUGGAUGGGCUCGAAUAGCACCAGCUCAAAUACAUGGACUUUUCCCAAUUCACUUUUGUACUCGCUCACAGUCAUCACAACCAUCGGGUAUGGAAAUAUCACACCACGAACAUCACUCGGUAAAACGAUUACAAUCAUUUAUGCGAUUGUCGGAAUGCCAUUGUUUUUGUUGUACCUAUCGAACAUCGGUGAUAUUAUGGCAAAAUCAUUUAAAUGGAUCUAUGCAAAAGUAUGUUUGUGUCGAAUAUGUCCGGGUGUUGCUAAGCGUCGCGAAGCUAGAAAUCGACGAAAAAUGAGAGCACUGCAACGGCAAUUAAAUCAAGAAUACGGAGCAGACGAAGAGGAUGACGACUACAUAUCGGAAGAAAGUAUUUCGUUGACGUCAGUAUCAUCGUCAUCAAGCACCAAAACAUCGGAAAAUAAAACAAAUCCAGACGACACAUCAUCGUCCACCUCCGAAAGUACUAACGAAGAUUUAACAACCGUUUCCGUACCGAUUAGCGUGUGUUUAAUGAUUAUGAUUUGUUAUAUUUUAUUUGGUGCAAUUAUUUUUUUGCACUGGGAAAGCAACUGGAGGAUAUUAACAGGUUGCUACUUUUGUUUUAUUUCAUUGAGCAGCAUUGGUUUUGGCGACAUCCUUCCCGGAGACAAAAUAUUCCAUGUGAAAAAAGGAGAACCUGAUUCGCUGUACGCCGUUGAUAUUCAAUUCAUUAUAUGUGCGAUGUAUCUGUUGCUGGGUAUGGCAUUGAUUGCGAUGUGCUUUAAUUUGAUGCAGGAACAGGUAAUCAACAAUAUACGAGCAUUUAAAAGAUGUAUUUCCGGAUGUUUUCGUUGUCAUCGUUGCAAAAGCAAUCAUGACUUUGACUAAACAACGUCUCCUUCAACUAUUUCGUAUUUAGAAGUAAGGAAAAAAAAUGUUUUAUACGAUUUUAGAUUUUAUUCAUAUGAUGUAUUGUUUUAUUUUAAAUAAAUGACAUUCCAAUAUUAAACAGG